AUGAGCAACCGCUCACCGCCCACCCGCGUGCGCUUCUCGCCCGAAGUCUCGCGCUCCCACUCGCCCGACUACUGGGCGCCCAGCCCCGACAGCGACGACCCGCAGCAGCAGAUGCUCGCCAAGCCGCUGCCGCUGCCGCCGACCGCCAGCGCGCGGGGGCGCCGGCGGCGGGCGGACGACAACGACGGCGAGAGGGGGUGGAUGCGGCUGCCCAUGACGAUCACGCUCGUGGCGGUGCUCAUGUUCUUUGCGGUGGGCUUUGGCAUCAUCUUCUGGGAGAACGAGGCCGAGGGGAGCGACAGCGACAUCCUCGUCAACGCCCAGCACGGCGUUGUUUCCUCCGACGUCGAGGUCUGCUCCGAGAUUGGCGUAGGCAUCCUGAAGAAGGGCGGCAACUCUGUUGACGCAAUCAUUGCCCUCACAACCCCCCCCACAGCCACUGGCGUCUGCAUCGGCGUCGUCGACUCCUUCGCCAGCGGCAUCGGCGGCGGCGGCUUCCUCGUCGCCCGCACAAUCUACGGUGACUCAAAGUCCUUCAACUUCCGCGAGAUGGCUCCCGGCGCCGCCACGCGCGACAUGUACAACGGCGAGCCGCUGCUCGCGCAGGUCGGCGGGCUCGCCGUCGCGACCCCGGGCGAGGUGGACGGGUACGCGACGGCGCACGCGCUGUACGGCAAGCUGGCGUGGCACGAGCUGUGGGCGCCGAGCAUCGAGCUGUGCCGCGGCGGCUUCGUGGUCCCGCCAACGCUCGCCCGCCACAUGCAGACGCAGGAGGCCUUCUUCGCGGCCAACAAGAAGAGCUGGGAGUACCUGUUUUCGGAGGAGACGGGCGAGCUGCUCCGCGCGGGGGAGAUCAUGCAUAGGUGGGCGUACGCGGAUACGUUGGAGGUUAUUGCGGCGCCGGAGGAGGCGCGCGACGGCGGCGAUACGUAUAAGGGUGUGCGUGAGUUUUACAAUGGCUCGAUUGCGAGGUGGCUGGCGAGGUUUGUGCAGAAUAAUGGCGGGAUACUGACGGAGGAGGACUUUGGAAAGUACUUUACGGUCGUGGAGGAGACCGCAAAGACCGUGAUUGAUGAUAUGGAGGUUAUCACUUGUCAGCCGCCCUGCAGUGGACUGGUGCUGAUCGAAGGCCUCAACAUCGCCGAGGGCCUCAACAUGCGAGACUCGCAAGACCCGCUCUCCUACCACUAUCUCGUCGAAACCAUGAAGUGGCUCUCCGCCGGCCGCACCGAGCUCGGCGACCCUACCGACCCUACCGUCUCUGCUAACUACCUACGCAUCUACGAGCUCACCACAAAGCACUGGGCCGCCUCCGUGCGCGCCAACAUCUCCGCCACGCACACCUACCCCUGGGCGCACUACCAGCCCGCCUACGAGCCCACCGACCCCAAGGGCACCUCGCACAUCUCCGUCUUUGACCGGCACGGCGGCGCCGCGGCCCUCACAACCACCGUCAACCUCUACUGGGGCGCCAUGCUGCACGACCCCGCCACCGGCAUCGUGCUCAACAGCCAGAUGGACGACUUCUCCAUCCCCGGCCGCCGCAACGCGUACAACCUCGAGCCGAGCGUCUACAACUACAUCCAGCCGUACAAGCGGCCGCUGUCGAGCACGGCGCCGACGGUCGUUGUCGAGGGCGACGGCAACGUCGGGCUGGUCAUUGGCGGCAGCGGCGGCAGCAGGAUUGUGACGGGCGUGUUUGAGGCGGUGGUGAAGACGUACUUUUGGGGGUGGGAUUUGCUCGACACGAUUAAGAGCCCGAGGCUGCACCAUCAGUUGAUACCGGAGACGGUGAGCGCGGAGUGGAACACGGAGGGCUGGGUGGUGAGGGGGUUGGAGGAGAGGGGGCAUGGCGUGGUGUUGAGGGGGGGCGGGGAGACCGCGGGGGGGAGCGUGUUGCAGGCGGUGAGGGGGCGCGGGGGAAGGGUCGAGGGCGUGGCGGAUUGGUGGAGGAAGGGGGGGAAGGCGGCGGGGUAUUAG